AUGACUACUGACGCAAUUCUUGAUGUAAAUUGUGAGCUGCACUUAAAAUUGGUUGGCUUGAUGCUCCAGGUAGUGGGUACCUUUCCCAGAAUGCUCGUGUUUCUUCUUCGUCAUCUGUUUCCGGCGGAGGUGGUGGACGAGGUGGUGGACUAAUUUCUAUUGGUGGUGGAGGUCUCGGUGGGGCUGGCAAAUCUUCUCUUAUGUACAUUCGAUCGUGAAUUACUGGGGUGGUCGGUAGUUUUGGUGGCACCGAUUCAAUCAGGAGCGUUUGACUAGUUGGUCGUGAGCCAUCCAAACCUGUUAUUGCAUCGCCUACUUGUUGUACAGUCGAUAAUAAGUGUUCGUUUGCGUCACGCCAUUUUUGUGCAUUGCCGCCAUGACGAGGAUUUAAUGCCACUUGCUUUGCCUGAUUGACCAUAGGAGGAAUUGUCAAAAAAAAAAUGAACAAACCAGAGUGGAGCUGCUGAGCAGCGUUGUUCACUUUAUGAACAAAACUUGGUUCUUCUGAAUUGUCAGCUUCAUUUUUAGCUGUCAUGAGGACACGGUUACCAAGACGAGCAAUUUGAGACGUAUUAUCAACCAUAUGUUGCGCUUCAUUAUUUUUGAUUGCAUCUUCACAACGUGCCGUAUACUGUCUCAUGGCUUUUUCACUAGCUCGAAUGAAAUCGCCAGUAUCUAUAGCAUCAUCCACAUGAGAACGAAGUCUAUUUAAAGCAUCCGAGAACUCACGCCUUAGAUUAUCAAAAUGUUGAUUGGCCGAAUCACUGUUGUUAUGCAAACGUAUUUUUCCUGCGUUUAUAACUUGUGGUAUCAUCGCAGUUACUCACCUAAACCACCAUCGUCAACGCCCACAUUAUCCAGCCAUCUAAGAGCCUGUUCCAAACGUCCUGCAACAGUAUGUGCAGGAUGCGCACCACCUGUUCGCUGGGUGUUUGUAAGUGCACCUGGCAAAAUACCACUAACUUCUUUCGUACCAACAAGUUCCUUCAAUUUAUUAGCACAUCCGAUGGCUAAACCUUGAUUAUCAGUGUCUUGGCCGCGCAAUUCACAAAGUGAGUCAGUCAUUGACGUAAUAUCACUCACUGUACGCUUGAUAAGGCGAGAAUCUUCAGGCAAAGCUCGCGCAGCGAUUCGUUCUGAAUAAUCCAAAAUACGUCUAAUAGCCUUUUCACCAGUAGCACCAGGACGACCUCGAGGAUCAGCAAGCCAGUCCAAAGCUGAGGCAAGUAGACUCUGUGCAGCAUUAAGUGCUUUUCUCAUCACAGUAACAUUAUCGCUGUCCCACUCAUCUUCAUCAUACGUUGUUAACUGUAACACACGAAUAAUUUCGUUCAUUUCAUCCGUCAUUCUUUGUGCCAAAUAGUUACGAUUUUCAGCUGCUUCUCGCUGACCACGUUGCAUUUCUUCAGUAAUUUGAAUGAAAAUUUUCAUUGCACAGAUCAUAAUUGGUGAAAGCGUCUUUACAGUAUCCAUACACCUGAGCAGUAUUUCGCGAUGUACUUGAUGAGUUAAUUCUUUCUGUCGUUCAUCAACAUCCCGAGAAACUCGUGUUAGCCAUGGACUGAUAUCCUUCACGAAUUGCGCCAGAUCAUCCAUGCUUUCUAUGACUUCAGUAACAGCCAAAUAGUCAAGAACUUUACGACAGCCACGAAUAAUUUUCCGCACUUCAGAUUCAUCAAAACAAAGCAGCAAAGCAGAUGUACCUUGGAGUAUACCUCUAGCGCCUUCAAUUAAUUUUUUUCUAGCUAUGCCAGAAUAUGGAUCUUCUUUAAGCAUAUGGCAAGCAUCCUCUAGCAAACGAGAGCUGACUUCUACUCGCUGUAAAGCAGGUGGCAUGUCUGCUUGCAGAAUCCGAUCAUCUGAUGAAUGGCAUGUUUCAUAACCAACGCACUAACAGGUCUAGUAAGAUCUGGCAUUGCGUUACCAUCUUCAGCUUCUUCAUGA